AUGCGGAUUGCUGUAUUGUUGCCCAUCCUCACAGGCGCUUCUGCGCUCUGGCUGCCUUAUCGGCUCUCGGGGCAAACUCCGCUGGUCGAGGAAGCCCCAGGACGCCAUAUCUGCCCACUGCCAGCCAAAGUGACGCCGCCAAGUGAUGGCUUCCACUCUUCGCAUGAGUUUGUCCAAGACAAGGCUGUUCUCAAGAGACAGGUUUAUCGUCUAUCGCGCGCAGUGCAGGUGCCCAGCACGUCGACCGAGCUGGAGGACGAUCCGUGGAGCGACUACUACGCCCCAUUUCUCGAGCUGCACGAUGUAUUUGCUGAAUUGUUUCCUCUUGUACACUCGUAUGCCAAAGUCGAAAAAAUUAACCGCUUCGGCCUCGCAUACACCUUCAAUGGCAGCGACACAACACUCAAACCCGUGCUUCUGAUGGCCCAUCAAGAUGUCGUCCCCAUUGAUGACGCAAAUGACUGGACCUACCCCCCAUUUGAGGGCCACUACGACGGCCAAUGGCUCUGGGGCCGGGGCUCCAGCGACUGCAAAAACACGCUGAUCGGCAUCCUGUCCGCAGUGGAAGAUCUGCUCUCGCAAGGCUGGGCGCCAACACGCACUUUGUUGCUUUCCUUUGGAUACGACGAGGAAUCCAAGGGCUACAAGGGUGCUGGCGAGCUGUCCAAGCACUGGGAGCAGCGCUACGGACCCGACAGUCUCGAAUUCAUCCUGGACGAAGGCGGCAUGGGCCUGCAGACCAUCGGCGACAAGAUCUACGCGCGGCCAGGUGUUGGCGAAAAGGGCGCUAUUGACCUGCAUUUCGCGCUCGCUGUCGACGGCGGCCACUCGUCUAUUCCGCCGCACCAUACGGGCAUCGGCAUCAUCGCUGAAAUCAUCUACCAUCUGGAGCGUGAGCAGCUCUUCACACCGCGUCUUGACCUCGCACACCCUGCGCGCCAGGGCCUCGAGUGCCAGGCGCGCCACUCGCCGGACAGCGUUGAGCCCUGGCUCUGGCCUGCCCUGCAGUCGUCUGACUAUGUCGGGCUCGCAGAAGCGCUGAGUGCCUCGCGCGGCGAGCGCACGCGAUUCACCUACCAGACAUCUCAGGCCGCUGACCUGAUCAGCGGCGGCGUCAAGAUCAACGCGCUGCCCGAGAAAAUUAACGUGACUGUAAACUACCGAGUUGCGCUGCACGAAACCACCGACAUCAUCAAGACGCGUGCCGUCGAGAUCGUCUCGCCCAUUGUCAAGAAACACAACCUCACACUGUCUGCGUUUAUCGAUGAUGACGCCGGGUGGGAUGUUGCUAACAACAACAACAGCAAUGGCGACGGCAAAAACCAUCUGGAUGUUUCCGUCUUCUCGCCUCUCCUCGAACCGGCGCCUAUCAGCCCGACAUCGCCGAGCAAUGCCGUCUGGACACGGUUUUCCGGCGUGACGCGCCAGCUAUUCGAAUCAUUGCCAUCGUCUACCCUUGAGUCCGAAGAAGAAGAGGCAAAACAGGUGAUUGUAACCGGCGACGUCAUGACAGGCAACACCGACACGCGGUUCUACUGGAAUUUGACGCGCAAUAUCUACCGCUUCAAUCCGAUCCGCGAAGGACACACGCUGAACAUUCAUACUGUGGAUGAGCGGAUUGAUAUAGGUGUGCAUUUAGAGGGGUUGGCUUUGUAUUAUGAAUUAAUCCGAGCUUUUGAUACCUGGGAGGAGUAA